AGUGUAAAUGUGUGAUUAAUUUAAAAAAUUUAAUCACUUGACAGCCCUACACUUUACUUUUUGUUUCAGAUGUGGUGCUAAAGAAUGAGGACAAUGAUGAGGAGAAAUAUCAUGUCACAACUGGAGAAAAAAUUUGCUCUCAGACUGGGAGUACUAUUUCUUUAAUGAAAAGAAGAGACAAGAAAUGUUUCACCUGCCUUCAGUGUGGAAGAAGUUUCACAGACACAAAGACUUUAAAGAUUCACAUGAGGAUCCACACUGGAGAGAAACCGUUUACAUGCACUCAGUGUGGAAAGAGUUUUAGACAACAAGUUCACCUUAAGGAACACAUGAAAAUCCACACUGGAGAGAAACCUUUUACAUGUGAUCAGUGUGGGAAGAGUUUCACACACAAAAGGAGUUUUGAGGUUCACAUGAGGAUCCACACUGGAGAAAAACCGUUCACAUGCACUCAGUGUGGGAAGAAUUUUAGACAACAAGUUCACCGUAAGGAACACAUGAGGAUCCACACUGGAGAGAAACCGUUCACAUGUGAUCAGUGUGGAAAGAGUUUUGCACAUCAAGGGCACCUUAAGGAACACAUGAACAUCCACACUGGAGAGAAACUGCACAAAUGUGAUCAAUGUGGAAAAACAUUUUUGUGGGCUUCAGGCCUGAAGAUGCACAUCACAGUUCAUUCAGAGGAAAAGCCUCAUUCAUGUUCUUUGUGUGGAAAGAGUUUUUAUCAUCUGCAGAAUUUAAAAGUUCAUCAGAAAAUUCAUACUGGUGAAAAAGUUCAUGUGUGCAUUGAGUGUGGAAAGAGUUUUAUUACUACAAAAGAUUUGAAUCGGCACCAGAGAAUUCACACUGGAGAGAAACCUUACAAGUGUUCACAUUGCAACAAGAGAUUCAGUGAUUCAGGAACACUUAAAAAACAUGAAAGGAUCCACACUGGAGAGAAACCUUACAAGUGUUCACACUGCGAAAAGAGAUUCAUUGAUUCCGGAGCCCUAAAUAAACACGAGAGGAUCCACACUGGAGAAAAACUGUAUCACUGCACUGCAUGUGGGAAGAGUUUCAUUCGUUCAUUUUCUCUACGCAGACAUACAAAAAACAAUCACAACGUGGUGCUGAAGAAUGAGGAGAGUGAAGAGGAGGAGAAAUAUGUCAAAACUGGAGAAAAAACUUGCUCAGAGACUGAAAGUAUUUCUUUACUGAAAAGAAGAGACAAGAAAUGUUUCAAUUGCCACCAGUGUGUACAAUUCUGACUUUAUAUCACGCAAU